GGGAGAAAAAGAAACCGCCCAGUGCUUUGUAGUGAACAGUCCUGUCAGCGGAGCUUUUUCAAAGCCCUGCUGUUUCAUUAGGACUAAUUCACAGAAUGACAGCGAGUCAGACGGGGCGACACGGGUGUUGUAUAGGAUGAAAAAUCGUACUGGACACAUUAACAUGAAAGCUUGAGUGAGAUGAGGGCUUUGGAAGGCCGGGAGCUGAGUAGCUAAAGACUUCGCCUGAACAACACUGCCCACUGUCCUUUCGAGUGACCUCACCGCAUGUCGCGAAUCCGGAAUACACUGGACACUGUCACCAAAGCUGUCAGCGGGACAGUGAACACCGAGCUGCUCUCCAAGAUCACUCGCCUCAGGCCCAAUGCUGCCCCCUUGGACAAAGCUAUAGAGGUCAAAUUGGAGUGCCCGGAGUCGGAGCCCACUUCAGUUGUGACCGUGGCAGCACCUCAGCAACUGAGGACCAAAAAUGAAGAAGUGAAAUGUAAAGAAGUCAGCAAAGAUGCCCCCAAACUUCAAGUCAGCCCAAAUACACCUCGGGGGGGUGCAUCCGCAGCAGUAGCCAAACAGACACUGCAGCGUUUCCAGCCCUCAGCCUUUGCUACAAACAUGGACGAAACCUAUAGCCACUUGGCCGAACAUGUCAACACAUACUUUGGAAGCAACACCCAGGAGGAGAAGAUGCCACAGCAGAGGAGCAGUGAUGCCUUUGUGCCAUCAAGCACUGCUCACUUCAGUGGGACCAAGGAGCACUUCCCUGUGCUUUCACCUGUAGCUCAGAGAGCUGACCUGGAGCCACCCACCGCUCCACCUGCCCUCGACCAGACUAGACCAAACACAAAAACUUCAGAUAAGCCUGGUCUUCAAGAGUCAGAGAGCAGUACACCACCCUCUCCCACUCCACAGAAGAAAGGCAUCAGCCAGUAUCUGUCAUACAAGAGGCCCAGCAUGCAGGCUUUUGUGGGAAGUUACAUUGCCCCUCUGGUCCCCAAGUUCAGGGCUGAUUCCAAGAGUGUGGAUGCAGAAAAGGACAAAGCUGCUGAAGCAGCUCAGGGGGUUUCUCAAGACACAGAGGAUGCAGAAACCAAGGAGCGGAAACAGGCGGAGGAGAAGGCCCAACGGCUGCUGUCUCAAAGGGAGAAGAUCAUAGCACGUGUAAGUGUGGAUAACAGGACCAGAGCACUAGUGCAGGCAAUAAAGAGAGUGACCGAUGUGAAGAUCACCAUCAGCAGAGUGGAGGAACUCAGCUUUCAUCUGCUGGAGUUCCCUGAGACCAGAGGAGUGGCUGUCACUGAGAAAGUUAUUCCAUGUCUAUUACGGUUGCGUCAGGCGCGGGACCCCAGACUACAGGCAGCAGUGAGGCAGGCCCUUGCCCUGGUGGGCUACACUGACCCGGUCAAAGGCAGAGGCAUUCGGGUCCUCUCCAUUGAUGGGGGAGGCACUAGAGGUCUGGUUGCGCUGCAGACUUUGCAUAAGCUGGAGAACCUCACUGGGAAGCCCAUCUACCAGUUGUUUGAUUACAUCUGUGGAGUCAGCACAGGUGCCAUACUGGCCUUCAUGUUGGGGGUUUUCCAGAUUCCUCUGCCGGAGUGUGAGGAGCUGUACAGGAAGCUGGGCUCUGACGUCUUCAAACAGAACGUUAUCGUGGGCACAGUGAAGAUGGGCUGGAGUCACGCCUUCUACGAUAGUCAGAUCUGGGAGGAAAUCCUUAAAGAGAGAAUGGGGCCUAGUCUAAUGAUUGACACUGCCAAAGAUCCAAAAUGCCCAAAGGUGGCAGCAGUGAGCACCAUAGUAAACAGAGGGCUGCCUCUGAAGGCUUAUGUCUUCAGGAACUACAACUUCCUUCCCGGAGUGCGCUCUCACUACCUGGGCGGCUGCCAGCAUAAGAUGUGGCAGGCUAUUCGAGCAUCAUCUGCAGCCCCAGGCUACUUUCAGGAAUAUGUGCUUGGGCAUGACUUACAUCAGGAUGGCGGUCUCCUGAUCAACAACCCUACAGCACUGGCCAUCCACGAGUGCAAGUGCUUGUGGCCCAACACUCCUGUGCAGUGUGUGGUGUCUCUGGGCACGGGCCGCUACGAGACGGCCGGCAAGAGCAGCUCCGGAACGUACACCAGCCUGAAGACCAAGCUCACCCACGUCAUCAGCAGCGCCACAGACACUGAGGAGGUGCACACGAUGUUGGACGCCCUCCUCCCUCCAAAUACCUACUUCCGCUUUAACCCCUGUAUGAGUGAGGAUAUCCCACUGGACGAGAACCGGCCCGAAAGGCUGAACUUCCUGCAGGCCGAGGGGCAACGCUACCUGGAGCGCAACGAGACCAAGCUGAAAAAAGCUGCGAGCAUGCUUUCUCAAGAGAAGAGCACCAUCCAGAGGCUGGCGGAGUGGGCUCAGCUGAAAGCUGACAUGUACGAUGGCCUUCCUUUCCGCUCGAAACUUUAACACUUCAAGGCAGCGCUCUGCAGCUGUGGAAUAAAAUGUUUAAAAGCACCUUUAGCACUAACACGGCACAAGCAAAUGACCACGAGACCAUGACACAGUUGGUUUAUCUCUGUGAAACUAACGUUACAUGAUUGGGUUAACAGAUUGGUGCUGUGCAGGUAUUUUAUUGCUGAAAUUGUUCAGUAGCAGUGCUGUUGAACCACACCUCUGGUAUUUUAGAGUACAUACAGAAAAGAAAAGGCUCAACAUGGAUAUUGACUGAUCUUUACUGUUUAUUGGAAGGUUGAUCAUCCUUUUCCCUGCCUCUGGUUUGGGCUAGAGAGUGAGAUGCUGAAAGCACUUUUAGGGAGAUUAGAAGUUUAAAUAUUUAAAUAAAGUUCAAGCAAGAGCUUAAGACUUUUAAGCGGGAGCUUAAGAAUGCAAGGUUUCAGGUUCCCUGCAUGAGAUGGCACUUUCAACUGAUACCUACCUGACACAUUACAUGUGCUCUAUGUGUUUGUGACCAUGUUGUAACAAGAAUGAGUAGAAUUUUGUGUAAAAAUUGUUUUAUGGUGACUAGUUUUAGAAAUAGUCAUGUUUGUGUCUCACCAAAUGUUUGCACAUCCUUUUGUUGGUUCUUAAUGUUUCAAAAGCAUUCAAAAAGUUGCAUUGACCUAAACUUGAAUCCUUUAGCAUGCACUAGGAUACCAUUUAUGAUUUCUGUGUGAAUUGUGGGCUAAAAGAUUUAGAAAUCAAACUUUUUUGUUUUAUAAACAGAAUUUGUUCACUAUGAGUAGGAAGAUCAUGAUCAUCAGUCGUGUUUAAUACUGUUUUUUUACUGAGGGGGAACAAAAGGAUAAAGAACUCUUAAUUCUCUAACAUUAUAAAGGCCUUGUCACUGAGAAUUGUUAAGAGCAGCUUGUAAUACAGUUAAGUUAUUGCCAAACUAACACAAAUUAACACUGACCUUAUGUGGACUAUUGUAUAAUAAGCUAUUGUAUAAGACGUCCAGUUUUGUUGUGUCAAGAAUCCAUAUUGAAUUGUGAUGUUUCUUCAGAUAAUGUUAAUUUUCCCUGGUUAACCUUGAACCUGAAAAACAUGGAUUGUGAUUACACUGUGUACAUAAAUCCUGUAAGUGAUGUUUCAUCCUAAAUCCUUAAAUAAUUUAAUAAUAAUGACAUCAUAAUAUUACCAUAUUCCUGAUGGAGUUUACUACAGCAGUCAACAGUAGAUCAUUUGUAAGUAACGUUUUGCAGUUUACAAAUGCUCUGUUUACUCAAUGUGCUUUUGUAAAUGCACCUUCUCAGUUUCCACAGAGAAAUAUAAGUGUGUUAAUCCACCCGUUAUCUUACAGAAUGCCUAUCAUUGUCACAUCUUUGGCACCCUAUGAAUUUUAUUAUAUCUUCUGAAAUAAACUGAAACUGAAGAA